AUGCCGUCCGCCUUCUCAGUCACCGAGUUCCCGAUCAGCGUUUCCUCGGUGCUCAAGCAGACAGACUGGACUGAACCAUGGCUAAUAGGGCUCAUUGUGUUCCAUAUCCUCUGCCUGCUCCUCACCUGUUUCUCAACCCAAAAAUAUAAACUACAGAUUGGGCAUUUCUUAUGCUUAGUUAUUUUAGUGUAUUGUGCAGAAUAUAUUAAUGAAAUAGCUGCAAUGAACUGGAGGUUAUUUUCAAAAUACCAAUAUUUUGAUUCAAGAGGAAUGUUCAUUUCUAUAGUAUUUUCAACGCCACUGUUGUUCAAUGCUAUGAUUAUUGUGAUUAUGUGGGUACGAAAGACUUUAAAUGUAAUGACUGACCUGAAGAAUUUACAACAGAAAAGAAAGGAGAAGAAAAAGAGGAGGAAAGAAGAAUAA